AUGCCACUACGUUGUUGUUGUCGUCGUCGCAGCCGCAGCAGCAGCCGUCGUCGUCGUCAUCGUCACGGUCGAUGAUUAACCAUCACUGCCAGCCUCGUUACUCCCGUUCGCGUUUCCAACAACUCGGUUUGCCGCUUUUCGCGUACGAGCGGAGAGACGUCGAGGAAUCGGAGGGGUACAGUUCACCGGCACGAAAGGAGAGGAGGAAGAAACGGGACGAAACUGACGAACAACGUUAUCGAGGGGAUCAUCGUUGCUUGAGCGACACGGGGACGAACGACCUAACCACGACGGAGGAGGAGACGACGUUCAAAUUUCCACGAGGAAGAUCGAGGCGCGUGAGAACCGCUCGAAAGUUACCGGGAAAGUCCGCGGUUGGUUGCAGUGCUGCAGUGUGUUCGCUCGUUAAAAGUGACGUGACAAAGAAUUUCGCGAGAAUCACGGGCCCGAAAAUGGUGCCGCAACAGCAGGACAGUCCCUCCAGUUCGGGGAUACCUAUGUUCGGAUCGUUGCUCGUGGAUAAAAAUUCAGCGACACCCUAUUCGGAUGCGACGCAGACGAAGAAGAACAACCCGAAUCACAUAAAGAGACCGAUGAACGCGUUCAUGGUGUGGUCGCAGAUCGAACGGAGAAAAAUCUGCGAGAUCCAGCCGGACAUGCACAACGCGGAGAUCAGCAAGCGUCUCGGCAGACGAUGGAAAACAUUGGACGAGGCUGAGAGGCGACCGUUCAUCGAGGAGGCGGAGAGACUGAGGCAAUUGCACAUGGUUGAGUAUCCGGAUUACAAGUACAGACCGAGAAAGAAAACGACGAAACCGACCGCCACCGUUGCCGGACCAAAAACGAAGGAACCCGGUGGCAAAAAAUCGCGUAAAUCGUCUGUAGGAAGCGUCGUCGGGCUGACGAAGAGUUUCGGUCACCCUCGCAACGACACGAACAACAACACGCAAACGAACAACAACGCGGCGAUAGGAGCGACGGUGAAACGAUUGCAACCGCAAUCGAACAGUAGCAAGCCAGUCUCCCGAUUGAAGGUCAGAUUGGCGUUGGACAAACGGCCGCCGCUCGAUUACACUCCCACGCCGCCGAUCGUCACCGCCAAGAUACCGAGCAGUCCCUCUUGCGUCGCGCCCGAUUCCCCGGAAUCGGCGAGCUUCUACGAGGACAGUUUCCUCGAUUGCGGUUCGUCCGUUCGUUUGAACGCCGCCGCGGUGACCACCACGGGCGCGUCCUCGCCAACCUGUUCCAGCACCUCCGGUAUUUCCGGUUCCCCUAUUGGCGGGGGAACCGUGACGGACAUCAAGCAGGAAGCCAAUCUCGAGAUGGAUUACGAGACGACGUUCGAGCCGAAAGAUCGGCUGUUGUCGUCGGUCGGUCCCGUUGGCGCGAAUCUCACCGGCAACACCACCGUUCCGUUUUCCAAUUCCGUCGAGGAGAUCGGUCUGAUGUCCGCAAGAAGCUUCCGCGAUCGGACUACCUGUCGUCUCGAUCGACCGACGAGCUUUCUGGUGAAAGAGGAACCGGUCGAGCCCGAAACCGACAUGGACGCCGACACGGAAGCGUUGUCGCCCGCCUCGAUCGCCGAUUCCGACCACCAACGGGCCUCUUCGAGUUCCAUAAACACCGGUACAACCACCAUUCACACCGCUCUCUCGUCGAUCAACUCCAGAACGUCCUCCAAUCCGCACACACUCGCGGACACGAUAUCGAACGGUGUGCCGAUGGACGACGGUUGCUCGGCCACGAUCGCGACCACCGCGUCCGUGAUCAAACUCGAGGAGUCCCCGAAUAAUCCCAGUCUGGCCGAUCUUUAUUCGUUGACCGAUCUUCUACAGAUACAACCGUCCGAUUUCAAGAUCGAUCUCGAUAUGGAAACUAUAACCACCGAUUUGGACACGUUCGAGACAGCUAGCUCGAGUAGCGGUUCCCAUUUCGAAUUCUCUUGCACGCCCGACGUGACGGAUAUGCUGUCGACGAUCGGUGUCGGUAACGAUUGGGUCAGCUUCUGAGGGAACCACCAUCGGACUGUGUUACCCCAGAAAAACGCGUCUUCCGAUC